UUUUUUGAACUAAGAAGUAGUAGUCGUCUAUAUGCGUUUGCUACCGAACUGUGGAGAAAAAAUAGUCUCUUGUUCCUCGUACAUUAGGUAGUUUAGAAACAACCCAUGGCGACAGCUUCAUCCUCCACCUCUACAGACCCCAAACUCGACCUAACCAAGCAGAUAAGAACCCAUGAGGUUGCAAUAGCAGAGCUCAGUAGUCUUUAUUCUUCACAGACUGUGUACCAGAAAAAUGGCAACUUAUUUUUCCGCACAACUAUUCAAAAAGCUACAUCAUCUGAGCAAAAACAACUGGAUUCGGCAAAAGCUAAACUUGAAAAGCUGAAUUCCCAGUGACUAUAGGUGGCCCAUGUUGUUUCCAGUUUCCUUGACUACUUGCCACUCAUUGUGACUGCCUAUUCCCAGGGUGUGAUGUAAAGGUUCAGGGAUUUUCUGCAAGGUUGCAGCCUAUUUUUGGUUACUACAAAUUGCCCGGAGCAUGAGGCUUGAAUAUUUUCGGGUGAAGUCUUGUGCAAAAUUACCUGUCUAUUGUUUGUUUAAUGCAACGAGCAAAGUUCUAGAGUGAGACUUGAAAAUAUAUAUUAAAUACAGUGAAACUCCUCUUCCAACCUUUGUCAUGGACUUGUGUGUGUAUGUAUGAGGUAUGAAUAUGAUGACUAUUUGAGAAAACAGAAA